AUGGAGAAAGGGGAAGAAAACACAAGGCCUACCAGCAGUGCUACAAGGCCUACCAAUACUACUGCAUUCACUCAAGAAAUACCAAGGCCAUUUUACCCAGAUUGGUCGGCAUAUGGUUACAUGCAUGGUUACCAUGGGAUGAUGCUGCCUACAUAUUUCCCACCGUUUGCUCCUCGUCCAAAUGCCGAUCCUUAUCCGUGGCGAAAUGAGCAGCCAACGGAAGUACCGUUUAGACCACCAAUUCCCUACCCUUAUGCUCCUCCAAUUCUUUAUCCGGGAUGUUCAAGUAAUCCUAAGGAUAUGACAGAACCCAUCAUCUCGUCUACUAGGCGAUCAUUAUUUUCUUCUGAAAGCAGUACUUGUCAAGAUAGCUCAAAUGUGAGAGACGAGUUCAUUGAACAACAACAGGAGGCUGAUAAUUCUAUGGAAGAGGAAGUACCAUCGAUGGUUGAGGAAGUACCGGUUGAAGAAGUACCAUCAAGCAGUCAUGGAAAUGAUGAUGAUAGUGUUAUAGAGCCAAAGCCGGGGAUGUCAUUUGAAAAUGAGCAUGAGCUUAUAGACUACUAUAAGCAAUAUGGAAAACAGACUGGGUUUGGCGUAAUGACCCAGAGAAGUAAAAGGGAAGACGAUGGGAGUGUUAGAUAUUUAACACUUGGUUGUGCUCGUGGUGGUAAGGCAAGGAAUCGUACUGCCAAUGUUUCAAAACCACGCCCGACAACGAAGACGGAUUGUAAGGCAAAGGUUAAUGCAAUUUUGCUUGAUGGGGUGUUGCGUAUAACUACAGUUGAGAAUGCACACAACCACGGGUUAAGUCCACGAAAGGCGAGGUUCUUUAGAUGUAAUCGAGCUAUUGACGAUUCUGUAAAGAGACAACUAGAUAUCAACGACAAGGCAGGCAUCAGUAUGGCUAAAAGUUUCAACUCAUUGGUUGUCGAGGCAGGUGGAUACGAUAAUCUUCCAUUUGUUGAGAAGGAUGCGAGGAAUUAUAUUGACAAGGCCCGACACCUUAGGCUUGGUAAAGGAGGUGCUUAUGCACUUCGUGAGUAUUUUGAGAGAAUGCAGUAUAAGAAUGAUGGGUUUUAUUCCUCGAUGGAUUUAGAUGAUGAUGGAAGAUUGAAGAAUGUAUUUUGGGCUGAUGCACGUAGUAGAGCAGCAUAUGGAUAUGGCAUGCCAUUCGCUCCUUUUGUCGGUGUUAACCAUCAUGGACAAUCAAUUCUUUUUGGAGCUGGUUUGAUUUCAAGCGAAGAUACUGAUACAUUCGUUUGGUUAUUUGAGACUUGGUUGAAAUGUAUGGAUGGGAAGGCUCCGAACGCUAUUAUCAUGGACCAAGACAGGGCUAUGAAAAAUGCCAUAGCAAUAGUCUUUCCGAAAACUCGACACCGGUAUUGUUUAUGGCACAUAAUGCGAAAACUACCAGAGAAAUUGGGUUCCCAUUCUAAAUAUAAUGAUGGUUUGAAGUAUACAUUGCAGAAAUGUGUAUAUGAUUGCCAAAAUUCUGAUGAGUUUGAGAAGUCGUGGGAGGCGAUGGUUGAUGCGUACAAUUUGCACGAGAAUGCAUGGCUUCAAAGUCUAUAUAGUGAGAGAAUGCAUUGGAUUCCUGUAUAUCUAAAAGAUACAUUUUGGGCUGGAAUGAGCACAACUCAGAGGAGUGAAAGCAUAAAUGCAUUUUUUGAUGGUUUUGUGCAUUCGGGGACCACGUUAAAAGAGUUUGUUGAUCAAUUUGACAAUGCACUGAGGAAGAGAGGAGAGGCAGAGAUGGCAGCGGACUUCCACUCUUUCAACUGCAAUAUCCCAUGUAUAACCCAUUUACCUGUGGAGAAGCAAUUUCAAGAUUUGUAUACUAAUUCAAAAUUUAAGGAGGUACAGUUUGAAGUAAUAGGGAUUAUUUAUGCUUAUUGUAUUCUUAUCAAGACAGAAGGGGCGAUUUCGACAUAUGAAGUUAAUGACCAGUUGCAAGUUGAAGGGUCCGUUAAAAGAGUUACAUAUAUGGCAUACUUUAAUGAAGAGGAGUGUGAAGCAAAGUGUAUGUGUGGACUAUUUCAGAUGAGAGGCAUUUUAUGUAGGCACAUUCUUGCUAUUUUCUCAGUAAAGGAUGUCCGGUCGGUGCCUUCAAAGUACAUUAUGGACAGGUGGAGGAAGGACAUUAAGCGUAGAUAUGCUCUCAUUCGAAGCAGUUAUGAUGAUUUGAGUUGUAAACCAUCUGCUAUAAGGUAUGCUAAUUUGGUUAAGUUAUGCCUCGAAGUCGCCACAAAUGCUUGCGGGGAUGAUGAUAAUUCAAUGGAUAUGACACAUAAGUUGAAGACAAUGAAUUCGAUUUACACAAAAAGCAAGACACCAAAUUUACUUGCGGAUACUACUACUGAGGUUGAGGAUAUUGAAAUGGGAAGUUCGAAAAAAGUAUUAAGUCCUCGCAUUGUUAGAGGUAAAGGGAGGCCUCCAUCGAAGAGGAAGGCACCGGCAAUAGAGAAGGUUAUCAAAAAGCCACAACCUAAACGUAAACAAUCUGAAACCGGUGCUAAGAAGAAGAGGAAAAAUGCAAGUAAACUUCCGGAUGAGGUCUUGAGUGGCGCUGCAGCCACAGAUGAGGUCUUGAACAUGAAUGGCAGCACAGAUGUGGUGAUGAAUAUGAGUGGUGUCGCGGAAACCACAGAUGAGGUCUUGAACAUGAGUGGCAUCGUAGGAACCACAGUUGAGGUCUUGAACAUGAGUGGCAUCGCAGGAACCACAGUUGAGGUACUGAACAUUAGUGGCAUUGCGGGAACCACAGAUGAGGUCCUCAACAUGAGCGGCGUUGCAGCAACAGCAGAUGAUGUCUUACUUCUUGGCACACAACAAAGUGUCCUUACAAAUGUGGAUCUUCAACAUCAUACAUCUAUUGACAAUUGA